GAGGUUGUUUCUAUAACUAGCUGUCCCGUCUAAAAGUGAAAAGCCAAGAUGUCAUCUAAACAACCGCCUGAUUAUUAUAAAAAGUUAUUUCUUUAGUGGAAAUGUUCGCGUUAAAGUGCAGCAAUAAAGUUAUAAUGAUUUUAUGUUAUAGUGGAUAAACAUCAUUACAAUUGGAGCAUAAUUGUAAAGAAUUGUGCGACGUAAACUGAUCGUAUUUUCCGCUCAAAGAGAAUAGUGGAGCACAAACGUUUCACAAUAUUUUUGUUUGCGUCUAAACUCUUGAAUUCCCAGAUGUUCUAACUGAUUUUUAAAUAAUUGCCUUAUCUUAAUCGCAAAGUUACGGCUCACCCUAUUUAGGAAAAGAAAAACAAAAAAUGCAAGCAGACGAUCCUCCGUAUCUGUCUGUUGGCACAGCAGUUAGUGCAAAAUACAAGGGGGCAUUCUGUGAGGCUAAAGUCAGCAAAGUGGUUCGCAUUGUUAAAUGCAAAGUAACUUAUAAGAUGGGUUUAGGCAAUGGAAUACUUAAUGAUGAACAAAUUAAAGGCACCUUACGAGUAGGGCAAGUGGUACAAGCAAAACAUCCAGAUAGAAAGGAGUUAGUUGAGGCAACAAUAACAAAGAUACAGGACUGUAGUCAAUAUACAGUUGUGUUUGAUGAUGGUGACAUAACAACAUUGAGGAGAACAGCACUGUGUCUGAAAAGUGGUAGGCAUUUCAAUGAGAGUGAAACAUUGGAUCAGCUACCAUUGACACAUCCAGAACACUUUGGCAUCCCCGUAAUGGGCGGUAGACGCGGAAGGAGGAGUAGGCAGCUGAAGGACGACAGUAGUGAUGGAGAAGUCGAAGAAGAAAAUGAGCCAGAUUUGGAAGGAUACCUUUCAGAAAUUGGACGUGUUGUGAGUGUGGAAUCUACCGAAAAGAAACGCAACAAGGAAAAUUGGUUUCCUGGCCUUGUAGUUAUUCCAUCUGCUCAACCAACUGUCAGAAUAAACGCAAAAGAUGAAUAUUUGAUUCGAUCCUUUAAAGAUGGAAGAUAUUACACAGUUCCAAAAAAGGAGGUGUCAGAGUUCAACCGAGAAUCAGGAGCCAAGGUUGAUAAUCCAUCUCUAGGGGAAGCUAUCCAGAAAGCAAUAAAGUUUUUGGAUCUGAAUGAGUUGCCACCACAUUGGGAAAAAAACACACUGUUCCAUUCUACUGCCUUGGAGAGUGAUAGUGAUGAAAAUUUUUCUGAUAGUUCUGACGACGAAUCAUAUGAAGAAAAAGACAGGUUCGUAGCGCAGCUGUACAAGUUCAUGGACGACGCGGGCACGCCUCUGAACAAAACUCCAGUGGUGGCGGGCAGGGAUAUCGACCUGCAUCGCCUGUUCAGGGUGGUACAAAAGCUGGGCGGAGGCAAUCGAGUGACCAAUCAGAACAAGUGGCGAACGGUGACGGCACGGCUGAGGUUGCCGGUUAACCAGGCGGUGCACAAUCAAGUGCGGUCUGCGUACAAGAAGUGUUUAGCUAGCUAUGAAACUUUUUACAGAACUUUGGGUGUAACAAUGAUUAACCAUACGAGACCCCCGAAGAAAAAUCGAGGUCGUAGCUUGAUCAGAGACAAAGAUCGUUGCACACCCGUUAACGUUCCUCAACCUGAAAAAGAAGAGGAGCAACCUCCGGUCGAAGAGAAAAAGGAAGAGAAGAAAGAGAUUCCAGAAACGUCAAAACCGAAGAAAAAAGACGAUAAGAAAAAACCGUUGGUGGCAGAAGUUAGUGAUACAAACAGCAGUGAUGCCACCGACAUUUCUGAGAUAAAAGAUACUGGCAGGCCGAAACGUGAGCGGGAAAGCAAGUAUGGAAAGGACAGGAAGCCCAAAACUGCUUCAGGAGAAAAAGUUAAAGCUAUUGUGGAGAAGUUUGAGGAGCAGACCAAAAAGGAGGAAGAAGAGAAGCCUGCUCGAUCUAAAUCUGCAUCUAAAAAAGAGCCACCAGUCCAGCCAAAAGAAGAAGAAAAGAAGAAACCCGCCAAGGAGCAAUCUAAGCCCAGCGCUAAAGCAACGACAGCAGCACCUCCGGCAACAACGCCAUCCGCAAAGAAGCCCGAAGAAGAGAAGAAGAAAGGGAAGAAACGUCUCGCCUCCUCAUCUUCUUCAAUUGCUGAAGAGAAAGCUACGACUUCCGCCAGCGAGAGCAGUUCCAGCGAGUCUGGUUCAACAUCGGUUCCCGCUGGUACCGCCGCCAAAUCAGCACCGGCUCAUAAUAUCAAUGUUGGGGAUAAGCUGAAGGUGUACUAUGGACCUACGCAUGAGUCCAAGGUCACUUACGAAGCUAAGGUUAUUGAUAUUGAUAAAGAUCAAACAGGGCCAGUGUUCCUGGUUCAUUAUACUGGAUGGAAUACAAGGUACGACGAAUGGAUCCAACCUCAACGUAUCGCCGAAAACCUGAGCGCUUCCACGAAAGCGAAGCGUAAUGCCAGCAAACAACAGCAAUCAUCUUCUCCAUCGUCAUCUUCUGCUACUACAGCGCCAUCUACGUCUUCCAGUAGACCGGCCAAAGCAGCGGCGAAGCGCCGGUCGACAACCGCAGGUCGGGUUUCCACGUCUUCGGCGGGUGCUGACGUAGUGCCAAGAUCAACGACGCCGUUGAGUGUAUCUUCAACUGGUAGCGGACGAACGAAGAGUCCUGCUACUCCUACGACGACGCCUAUGCCAGCUACGAGGUCUGUCGCCGCUGCGGCAGCUGCCGCAGCAGCAGCUACAGCAGCUUCAUCUCCUCCCGCUAGGAUUACACGGAAAGAUACCGUAAGACGGACUAGGAGAAUCUCGGCACAAACGGAUGUCUCCAACCAUACGGAAGAAUCUGACAGUGAAGGUUCUGUCAGCGAAUCAGAGCCUUCCAGAAUACGCAGCAAUACUAAAACGGACGAACCGGAGCUUAAAACCUACAGGAGGAAGGUUACCAAGACUCCAGUUCCAACGAAAGUUGAUAAGCGGAAGGAGAAAGAAGAUGAAGACACAGAGAAAGAGGAAGUAGUGGAGAAAAGACCAGUUAGAAGGACGAAAAAAAUUAAAAGAUCUCCAGAAAAAUCCGCUGAUGAGAGCGAGGAUGAAGUUAGUCCACCCAAAGGGAGGGAUUUUGAUUUAAAUCAGAUUAGGUCAGAGUUGAAAGGAUUCACAAAAGCCAUCAAGGUUUCUCCAAUUGAUACUUUGGAAAAGGAAACUGUAUCGUCUUCUGAUGAUUCGACGAGCCCCCCAAUUUUAGAAAAAAACAUGGAAAUAGAAGAGGAGGUCGAUACAGAAGACGAGAAGAAAGAAAAAGAAAAACCUGCCGAAAAGCCUCCCAUUUGCCUGGAUGUCUAUGAAUUCAAAGAGCCAGAACCUUUUGAGUUUGAAAGCAGGACAAAGUUGGUGGAUGACAAGGGAGCUAAGAAGCGUCCGAGAAUUUUCGACGAUUUAGAGAUGUCACCAAGGAAGAACUUGAAGCUCUCUCCAAGUGGUUCCUCUUCAUCAGAAAAGUCUGAAAAGAGCACACCAACCACUUCCUUCAGGAAAGCUCUUGUUCGUAAGCAAGAUGCUCAGGAGGACUCUGACGAUGAUGAAGCAAUUACAAUACCCGAUUUGGAUAUUAAAGAUAAGGAUCCCUUCGAUAAGCUCGUGGAGUCACCUAGCUUCAAUUUCGUAAAGACCAUAGAUAGGGCGCAAGAGAGUACUAGUAAGCCGAAAGAAGAGCCAGACGUUUCUGAGGAUUCAUUGAGUCUCUUCAGGGAGCUGCCAGAAACUGUAGAUGAAUAUAGCAGAGAUAUGGAGCUGUCAGAUUGUGAAUCACAAACUCAAAUAUUCACCACUGAGCCGGAAUUAUUCUCGGAUACAUUCAGCAAACCAUCACCAGACCAAAAUACUCUUUACAUGGAAUUUUCAUGUGGUAAAAUAGAUGAAGGUAAAUUAAAAGACAGUGAUGAGGAUGAAUUAAUAAGAGAGCAAAUACAACGAGUGAUUGCUCAAAGUGCUUCGACAGACGACGAAAGCAACGAUGCUUUGUUGAUAACACCACCUACCACCAGUUACCAAUCAAAGAAAAGAGAAGUUGAGCCUCCAGCAUCUCCACCAGCUCCUCCAUUAUCCACUAUACUAGGCAUCACUUCAGAGAGUCAAAAUAUAGAGGAGAAACCUGAAGAACCUGAGACUGAAAAUUCUCCAGCUAGCCCAGAAGAAGUGAAAGACCUCCCACCUCCACCGCCGCCUCCUCUACCACCUCCGCCUCCUCCUCUAUCACCAUCUGAAAACUCCUCCGAAAAGUCCGUUUUCAAUAUCGACAAAACAACCAUAUCGCCCGCUCUGCAAGAAACAGACAGCUCUCUGCUGGAGUCCAUUGUGUCGCAACCGGCCGUGCCCUUGGACAUGAAACUGGAGGAGACUGCCAAAGAGCUGGCCAACGUGAAAACAGGUACAAAGAUAGCAGAUUCAAUCCUGCAGAAGUUCAACAACAUCAAGAACGAAUUGGAGAAGAAGGUGACUAAACCGGAGCACGAGGAAAAGGAAGACAAAAAGUCUGAGCUCAAGUUUGACGUAUUGAAGGAAGAGACCAAAUGCAGCUUUGAUGUUAAACCUACUAUGACUGAGGAAAAACCUGAAGUGGAAACUCAUCAAGAAAUAAAGGAGGAGAUAGCAGCGAAAUCGAAACCAACAGAGGUAUCUCCGCGAAAAAGCAAGAUCUCAGAGUCAUCGGACGAUAAAAAACGUAAGAGAGGGUCAAGUAGACUAUACGUGGAAGAACCGGAUGAAGACAGUACUGAUUCGGAUCAACCACUUGUGCCAAAACCAGAACAAGAAUCUCACAUAAACCUCGACGACAAUAAAAAUGAAGAAGAAACAAAACAUGCUGGAGGUGAUGACAGCUUUCUGUUUGCGUCAACAGAAGAAGAUUCACAGUCACAAGAAACUGUUAACUUUGUUGUGGAGCUGAAAGAUGAGAAGAUACCAGAAGAACCAACGACAGAGCUUAAAGACAAGGAAGAAGAGAACGAAGAGGAAGAUAUUGCUGUACCUUCCAGCCCAUGUGAGGAAGCCGAUCCGGUUCCACCAGCUUCCACUGAGACAGAACCGGUCAAAGAAGAGGAGCCAGACUCCCAUUUACACUCCCUUCUUCUCUGUGAGGAGGAGAUCCCACGCAGUCCUGCACCCGAGACCGAUAGUUGUCCGGCGGCUCCCUCCCCCAAACCCAGCAAAUCGAUGUCUGCAGAGAUGCCCUUCGCUAGUGCACCAAGUGGUUCCAGCGGUAAAAGUGCGCUGCUCCAUGCAGCUGCAGCGGCUGUGGCAGCAGAACAGAAGAAAUCUCAACAACAGCAGCAGCAGAAUCAGCAACAAGCCCAACAGGUUGCAAUGCUUCAAGAAAGAAGUGGAGCUAACGCCUCUGCUGUGUUGGAGAACACACCACCCACAACACCAGAAAGUACCAUCAGUAAUCUGUCUCCUAGAGGUGAAAUCGGCGGUUUGUCUCCACCCACUGGAGACAACGAAAGCUGUAGAUCGAAUGACGUGGACCCGGACUAUCCAAGACAAAGGCGUAAUUCUACUAUGAAAGUAUCCCCAUAUAGCGAGGAAGAUACACAAAUGGGUGAGUCGAAGAAGUCUAAGGACGACAUCACGAUGGCGCCAUGCAAAAAGCGCAGAAAAUCUGUGAGGAGUUCAGACGAGAACAUGAUGACGAAGAGAGGACGAAAAACACAGAAUAGAUCAAGGCAUAAUAGCGACAGCGAUGAUAUGUCUGAACACUCAAAUACUGGCAGCAGUAGAAUACAGUCCUAUGACAGAGCCAAUAGAUCACCGAGGCCAUCUAAAUAUAACUUCUUUGUUGAAUUUGAUCCAAGUUUAGACAGCGGUCAAAGAAUUGCAGUUUUGCAACAGAAGCUGACGGAGUUGAGGAAGACGUAUGCUGACGUGAAGGCCGAACUUGCCGCGGUAGAAAGAAGGCGAAAGAAAAUUCGUAGGAGGGAGAGAGAGGCUUUGAAGGCAGCUAAACAAGAAAUGGCAUGUGCUUGAUGAUAGAUAUGUACGAAACUUGAGAGAAAAAUAUUAACUAGGUUAAUGGGAAAGUUAUAGCCAAGCAUAAUGUUACAUUUUUGUUAGGUAAAUCUGAAAAUUGAAACGUUAGUUCAUAUUAUUUUUCGUUGUUAUUGAAAGUUUAACUGAUUAAUGGGAGGAGGGAAUUUUAUGAAGACCAAAUUUAUAUUUGGAUAUAUCAAUUCGAAUUCGAUUUUGGUAUUGAAUACUGCUCGGUAAAUUGAAUAUUUCCAAAGUGGAUACGGUUUUUCCUGGGAUCGAAAUUAGAUCUUAUGGGACGGAAAUGCAUGUUAAACAGGUAAAACACAUUCGGAGUCUGCGCGUAAUGGUUAUAAUGGCCUAUGGGUCCUAAAAAUGUACCGUUGUCAUAUAUUGUGCCCAGAAAACAUAUUUUACAACAAUAAGUAGUAUUACAUUCAGAAAAUUGACGAAACAUAUUUAUAUUGUGUUCAAUGAAUUUUUUAAAAGAUACCAAAAAUACCACGGGAUCUAAUACCGGAUCCAGCUCUGAGUCUCAUGACCAGUAAUGGACAAAAGUAUAUAGACAAAUUAAUAUUAUGCUGUAUUUCUUUUUUAACUUGAAUUAUUAACACACCAACCUAUAUACAUAAUUCGUUAUCGCAUAAUACUCACUUAUACAUAAAUAAAUUCAUUAGACUCCCUUCAAUGAAAAAUUAAUUGAAAAAAACUGGAACUAUGAAGGACAAAAAUAUAUAGACAAAGCAAAACAAUUAUAGAAAAAAGAAGCAAAGUUCAUUGAAUUAUAGAAAACCAACCAUGUUUGUGUUAAUAUUUUGUAGCAUAACCAUUAUUAUCAAUCACCACCUGGCAUCGUCUCGGCAUAGAUUGUAGAAGUUGUUUGAUAUAAGAUUCAUCAAUCUGUCUGCACUUUUGCUCUAAAGCGGCAAAAUGUUCAUCCUUGUUUGAAUAAUUUUUAUCCCGUAUUUGCUUAUCUAAAUAUUCCCAUAGAUUUUCAAUGGGGUUUAUAUGAGGAGACUGUGAAGGCCAUUUGAAAACUGGUAUUUUUUCAUCCAGAAAGAAUGUCUUUGCUAGAUUUGAAGUGUGCUUCGGGUCAUUAUCUUGCUGGAAGAUUGAUGUUAAGGGCAUAUUGUCUUCCAUAUAGGGUAACAUGACAUGCUUUAGUAUGUCUGUGUAUACAAACGUAUCCAUAAUGCCAUCUAUUCUAUGUAAUAAAAUAAUCCCAAACCCCGAAAAGCAUCCCCAAACCAUAACAGACCCCCUCCAUGACAGUGGGCAAAGUGUUCUUGGGGUUCAAUCUUUGUCCACUAGGACGUCUAACGUAAUGAACACCAUCUGAUAAAAACAUAUUGAACUUGGAUUCGUCACUGAAACAUAUCCUCUUCCAGUCACAGAUGCUCAAAUCAAGAUGCAAAUUGUGUAAUCCGUCCUUACGGUUUUUCCUCGAGAUUAGCGGCUUCUUACUCGGGCGACGUGCAAAUAACUUCAAAUCAUUUAAUCUUCUACUUAUAGUUUUUUCCUUUUGUCUAGAUUUCGGCGUUUAUUUGUCUGAGGGUUUUAAACGGAUUUUUGGGCGAAAUUACUUUUAUUAAUCUAACUGAUCUAGCAUUUAGUUCUCUAGGCCGACCACUUCUCUUAGAGGCUUCCAAGAUACCUUCUUGUUUAUAUUUGUUCAAUAUUGCCCAAACUGCUUUACGCCUAAGCUUCAAAUUUUUGGCAAUGUCGACUUGACGUUGACCAUCUUUGUAUAACUCAAUGAUCUUAGUUUUCACAUCGAAAGAAAUUUCUGGACCAUGUGGCAUGGUCUUAAAAUCACUCAACUUAUUCCACAAUACUUGAUGAACACAAACUAAUCCUCUUCUGACAUGAAACUGUACUAGACUAAUGUUGAAAAGAAUUAGUCUACAUAUUUUUGUCCGUCAUAAAAAGUCAGCUUUGUAUUGUGUUCAUUGCAGAUAAUGCAAAAACAAGCAAUUUAGUUUUUCUACUAAUAACGCAUUUGUUUAUGGAGCAAUGAAUUAUGAAUUCGUUUUCUAAAGGUAUUUAGGUAAAUAUUCAUAUUUGUCUUUAUACUUUUGUCCAUUACUGUAUAUGUAGUAAAUAUAUGAGCGAGUAUCCUUCAAAGUAUGUGAAGUAUUAAUUUUAUUUCGGUCUUAUAUGGGUUGUUGCAGAUUAUUUGGAAUUUCGAAAUUACAAAUGCUACAAAACACAGUAUUAGGUUACAUUCUGUGAUGUCAAGUGUCAUGAAAUUAAUUUAUCUCUUCUAUUUUGAAGAAAGAAAAUUGAUAUUGUUACUUCAGGUCGACGAUAUGAUAAUAAUGAAUAAAUUUUACGGGCAUAGGUAGCAGGAUAUAUGCCGAGUAGCUCUGAAAUACGUGACAUGCUUUAAUUUAGAUAUAAUUACAUGACAUUUAACAGUUGCAAGAGUGUCACAUUCGCUUUUUUUCGGUUGUAUUUCCCAUGCCAGUGAAAGAAAGAAAACGGUUCAAUUUUCACAUAAAAUAUGAAUGUACUGAAUGAUCACAUAUUCGUGAACUUUUUUGUGCUGUAUUUUAUGAAAGACAUGAUCAAAUUAACUAAAAGCGGAAGGAUCUCAAGAUCAUUUAGUACAUUUUUUCUAACAGUGACCAUGUUUUCAUACCCUACGUGUACAAAAGCCGAUUGAUUUUAUAUAUUAUAUUUAUUAUAUGUAAAUAAAUUGUGAAGCAUUGUGAAUUAUGGAGCAUGUAAUUUUGUCACAUUAUUCUGUUGAUUGUAAUAUUGAAUAUUUGUAAUUGUUAUAUUAUUGUUUUGUAUCACUUGUCUAUAUAAUAAUUUUAUGGUAUUCCCAUUUUUAGGUCAUAUUGAGUGGCUUAGAUCAUGUUGCAAUUGAAUUAUUUUUUUAUUAUUUAUUAGGAAUAAAUAUUUUGAAAC